AUGACCACGCCGCCAUCGCCUACAACGACCUUCCACAAAGAGCCAUCUCCUGCUGCUGUUCACAUGGGAAACACCGACUCAGGAAACUCGCCAUGGCAGCCCAACGCCCCGUUCUUUUGCUUCGUUGCCAACCAGAGUCACUGUGGCUGGACGUGUUUCUAUGCCAUUGGAUGGACGCUCGUGUUUGAAGAUUCUUGCGUCGAGUGGAGCUAA